GCAUGCAAUAACAGGUUCGGUUAAAUACGUUUCAGCUACUGAUAUUCUGCCCUUGUGCCUUAUUUACGUGUGUAGUCACGGCAAAGGCCACUUGAAUUGCGAACUUGAAAACCCAUUUUGUGAAUUCCAUUGCAAGGUCAGAUGGAAAGCGAUCUCUUGUGUGAAGCAUAUUUCUCUUUGAAUUCUCCAUUUAACAUCUUGUCGUGUGUUGUGUUGUUCCGAAUGUGGUUGUUGAAUCGGCCGCCAUUUACAAAUCUUCAUGUUAAAGGGUGGCCAUGACAGCAGUGAGUGGUGGAGCUGCAGCUAGAUGCCUGCAAAUAAUACAACUGGCCACGGGAACAGUCUCUUCUGUGCUGCAGAAUGCCAUCGUCGUUAUUAAGUCCACAUAUCAACUGGUGUGGUCACGUCCUGCCAAGUCCUUAGUAGGAGAAGUCGUCUUGAUUACUGGGGCAGGUAACGGAAUAGGCCGACAGUUGGCAUUGGAGUUCUGGGAACAAGGAGGUACGGUGAUCUGCGUGGACAUCGAUGAAGAAAGUAACGAGUUCACUGCCAAGGCCAUCAAUACUCGGCAUCGACGCCGUCAAGAAGCGACUGGCAUCACUACUUCGCAAACAGGGUGGGGACCGGCGCAUGCAUACACAUGCGAUGUGACGGACAGACACCAGGUAGCUGAACUAGCUCAAAAGGUGCUAAAGGAUCUGAGUCGCGUAGAUAUCCUAGUGAACAGCGCGGGAAACCACGUGCAGGCUCCUGAAGUGUUUGUUGAUGCUGUCAACGUGAAUCUUUUGUCGCAUUUUUGGACUCUGCUAGCCUUCCUGCCUGGCAUGGUGGAGAGAAACCACGGCCAUGUGGUGGCCAUCUCAUCUGCGUCGGGUGUGUCUCCACCGUCCAACAAGGUUCCCUACUCCGCCGCCACAGGUCUGAUGGAGGCGCUCUCCCAGGAGUUAUGUCUAGACGAUCACGACAUCAAGCUCACCUGUGCCCACGUGUAUUUUGUCGACACAGGAUCAGAACUUCUGGAGCUGAAGAACUUCAGGAUUCCAGAGCUGUCUCCACAGCGUGCGGCGAGGGACAUUAUAAGUGCAGUGCAGCACAACAAGAAUAUAGUCACUGUACCUCGCGACCUGCCCUUCUGUCAAAGUGUCAUCAGGACAAUGCCCUGGGAUAUGAGGGACAUCUGGCAGGAACUGUUCCAUGUCCAACUGACCCCCAUUACUCCAUCUUACCAGGGCGAAGUUGUCGACGAUGGAAUCAAGACGUGAAACCCCGAGAAUCCUUAAUGUACUUUUUAGUAUGUCAACGGAGGGAAUGAUAGGUCUAGCUGGAAUGAUCAAUAAUUAAAGGACAAGUGGGCAAAAGUUUGGGUUUCACAGUAAUGUAUAUGUUCUUCUUAAACAAAUACUUCAUCUGACGAUUCAGAUUGGCCGUGCCUUUGCAUGCCAAACAAUUUGUUGAUUGUGUGUCUCAGUGCCUAAAGCAUAAUGCUAGCAAUUUAUUUUAUGAUGUGAUCAAGGAGAAUCUGGUUAACACGUAGAUUUGAUAUAUUUCAUAUUCACUAAUAUUUACAGCAUAAAGAAUACAGGCAUACCUCGGAGAUAUUGCGGGUUAGGUUCCAGACCACCGCAAUAAAGCGAGUCACACGAAUUUUUUGGUUUCCCAUUGCAUUUAAAAGUUAUGUUUACACUAUACUGUAGUCUAUUAA